AAUUUCAGUUGUCAAAAUCAUAUGUUUAUGAAUAUUUUUAUUCUACGUGACAUAUCGUAAUCCUAUGAAACCUAAAUAAAAAGAAAGUAUAACAAAUCGAUGUGUAUCAUAUUUUAAAUGUUUUUAUGACUUCGAAGCAAUAAAAAUUAUUGAACAGAAAAGAACGAACAUUAGAACUAAACAAUCGUCUCCACUAACUUCUUUAAAAGAAAAGAAAAAUAUGGCAUCUGUACCUAUCUUACAGGAGGAUUUCGAAAGAGGUGGCAAAAUAAACGACGAAGAAUACGAUUAUGAUAUUGAAGAUGAUUUUGCAUAUAGAAAUAACGUGGCAAAUGCUCCUAAAGCUAUUCGUCUUGGGUUCAUGAGAAAGGUAUAUGGAUUAUUGAGUAUGCAGUUACUCUUGACAACGAUUGUAGCUGCAGUCUGCAUGUAUACUAUUCCAGUGAAAACUUUCGUACAGACAAAUGUUUGGAUGGUAUCCUUGAGUAUGAUACUGUCAUUUGUACUUCUAAUAGCUCUACAUAUCAAACGACGAGAUACUCCUGCAAAUUUAAUUCUUUUGGCUGGAUUUACAAUUGUUGAAGCUUACACUAUUGGAAUGGUUGUUUCUUUUUAUGACAAGGAAGUUGUUCUACAAGCAUUGUUUUUAACAUUGGCAGUUGUCGGAGGCUUAACACUAUACAGUUUUCAAACAAAGAGAGAUUACUCCAGUGCUUAUUCAGUGCUCUUUGCUGGACUAUGUGUUUUAUUUAUUGGAGGAAUUCUGCAAAUAUUCAUCCAGUCAAAUGGAUUUGAAAUGAUUAUGGCAAUUGGAGGUGCAUUCCUAUUCUCAAUGUUCAUAGUUGUGGACACCCAUAUGAUGAUGCAUCAUAUUUCACCAGAAGAAUAUAUACUUGCUACAAUUAAUCUAUACCUUGAUAUAAUAAAUUUGUUUUUACAUAUCUUGCGAAUUUUACAAGCUUCAAGAAAUUGAGAGCUUCUGGAUAUGCAUAGUAAGAUAAAUGUGUGUAGCAAUUUGAAGUUGUUUUUAUUUUUAUUUGAAAUUUUUGUUGUUCAUGAAGCAUUUAAAUCUGUUGUCAAAAUUUCUAUAUAGAUAUAUAUAUAUGUAUACCACAUUGUGAUUUGCACUGGUUUUAAUGUCUUGCAAAUAAAAUCAGUAGAACUAUA